CUACGACAGUCUAACAAUCAAUAUGUUUGCACUGUGUUCUCCACGCGAGCUCGUUGGCUCGCAGUUAGUUCGUUGAUUCUUCGUUUAUAACGUCAAACUAUUUUUUUUCUUUCUUUGUCAUUCGAACGCCCCGAUCGUUGUUAAGAGUGAUUUAUAAUUGAUCAUCGUCAUUGCUCACCGAAGCGCAGGAGGCGGAUAGCGGAUUGCGAUUUCGAAAUCGUUGGACCCGCGGAUAUCCCUGGAAAGGAACAGCGAGGGGUAUAGCCGAGGGUAAAGUUUGGAUACCUAGUGGAUAUUCGAAUACGGCAACGGCAACGGCAGACCAGAAACCGAAGACCCCGACGGCCUUGGCGUCGGCACCAUGAUAGAUCCGAGCUCCUCCGAGGAGGAGACAGACGAGGAUCAGAACCACCAUCGCGGGGGAGACGGUAGUUCGCACGGUUCCCACGGCUCCCACCACCAUCAUUCUCACCCUGGUGGUGGCGGGGGUGGCGGGUCCGUCGGACCGACCGGAAGUAGCCUUGGUUCCGUAGGAGGUGCCAACCACGUCGCGAGCCACGUGAGUUCCUUGGGGACUCAUGGUGGCAGUGUUCAUGGUCCCCAUGGGAGAGGUGCCAUGGGUGCACCAGCGUUGGCUGCUCAGCAGGAAGCCGUCGCCGCUGGCCUUGAUGUACCCAAUUUGUCAAGUGCUCGGAACUCUCUUUCACCCUCGAUGGGCGCUGCUCAGGACGCCAUUAACUACGCCCGAUCCUCGCCCAGACCAACGAGUCCUUCACCUUCUAUCGCCAGCGAGAAAACCGAGGCUGAAUUACAAGAAAAAUUGGAGCGCGAAGAAGAAGAGCGCAAGACGAGAAUACAAUUGUACGUCUUUAUCUCAAGGUGCAUCGCUUAUCCUUUCAACGCCAAGCAACCCACUGACAUGACGCGGAGGCAGAUGAAGAUUACUAAACAGCAAUUAGACACCUUGGGUGCUCGCUUUCAAAGUUUUCUGAAGGGUGAAACUCAGAUAAUGGCCGACGAGGCGUUUCACAACGCGGUGAAGAGUUACUACGACGUAUUUCUGAGAUCCGAGAGGGUAGUCCGUAUGGUUCAGAGCGGUGCUUGCUCUCAGUACGACUUCCGCGAGGUGUUUAGGAAGAACAUUGAGAAGCGUGUUCGAUCACUUCCGGAAAUCGAUGGUUUGAGCAAGGAAACCGUACUUACCUCUUGGAUGGUCAAGUUCGAUUGUAUAUUCAAAGGAACGGGUGACGAGGACUCGAAACGGCCAUCCAGAAUGCAACAGCAAUCUUUAAACUCCGAGUUGAUACUAUCCAAGGAACAACUGUACGAUAUGUUCCAACAGAUUCUUGGGAUAAAAAAGUUCGAGCAUCAGCUUCUGUUCAACGCCCUCCUGUUGGACUCAGCCGAUGAACAGGCUGCCGCCAUCAGGAGGGAGCUGGACGGUCGCGUGCAGAAGGUUAACGAAAUGGAGAAGGACCGGAAAUUAAUGCCGCGGUUUCUCCUGAAAGAGAUGGAGUCGCUCUACAUCGAGGAACUCAAGUCGUCUAUCAACCUGCUAAUGGCAAAUUUGGAGUCCUUACCGGUCUCUAAGGGUUCGAUAGACAGCAAAUAUGGGCUGCAGAAGCUGAAGCGCUACAACCAUCGUGGUGAGCGCUCCCGCUGCCGCAGUCAGGGUUCUCUCGCUAAGCUGGAGGGCGACUCCGCAGACUCCGACCCCCAGCUGACAAAGAUGGAUGUUGUCUUGACUUUCCAAUUGGAAGUUAUCGUCAUGGAAGUCAAAGGUCUCAAGAGCCUUGCGCCGAAUAGAAUUGUUUACUGUACGAUGGAAGUGGAGAGUGGAGAGAAAUUGCAAACAGAUCAAGCCGAAGCCUCGAAGCCCAUGUGGGACACUCAAGGUGAUUUUUCAACGACACAUCCACUUCCAGUUGUCAAAGUAAGAUUGUACACGGAAAAUCCUGGCAUGCUUGCUCUCGAGGAUAAGGAAUUGGGCAAGGUUAUAAUACGGCCAACACCGUUGUCCUGCAAGGUGCCCGAGUGGCAUCGCAUGACUGUGCCGAAGAAUAAUCCAGAUCAGGAUCUUCGUAUAAAGAUCGCAUGCCGGAUGGAUAAACCGUUGAAUAUGAAACACUGCGGAUAUCUUUACGCGCUGGGAAAGUCGGUUUGGAAAAAAUGGAAGAAGCGGUACUACGUGUUGGUCCAGGUCUCGCAGUACACAUUUGCGAUGUGCUCGUACAAAGAAAAGAAAAGCGAGCCUUCGGAAAUGAUGCAACUCGAUGGCUAUACAGUGGACUAUAUCGAGGCCGCUUCUGCUAACUUAAUGGUCGGAAUGGAUCUCGAAGGCGGAAGAUACUUCUUCAACGCCGUUCGGGAGGGAGAUAAUAUAGUUUAUGCUUCGGACGAUGAGAACGAAUGCCAUUUGUGGGUAAUGGCGAUGUACCGAGCGACGGGACAGUCGCACAAACCAACACCGCCGGUUUCCGUCGCUGAUAAGAACUCGACGAUAAGCAAAAUCCAAGGAGACGCCGACAGAGCGCGGAAACACGGAAUGGAGGAUUUCAUUAGCGCCGAUCCGUGCAAAUUCGAGCACGCUAUACUUUUCAAAAUGUUACAGAACCUGACUCUCGAUUACAGACUGAACGAUCCUUAUAGUUCGUUAGGAUGGUUUUCACCUGGGCAAGUUUUCGUGCUGGACGAAUAUUGCGCUAGGUACGGAGUUCGGGGAUGUUUUCGACAUCUCUGUUACCUGAGCGAUCUCUUGGACAGAGCUGAACAAGGUAUAAUGAUAGAUCCAACGCUGAUUCACUACAGUUUCGCAUUCUGCGCGAGUCAUGUUUACGGAAAUCGACCCGACGGCGUUGGAUCCAUUACUCAAGAGGAGAAAAAUAAAUUUCAGGAAGUAAAGGAACGGCUUAGACUCCUCCUGGAAAAACAAAUCACUAAUUUCAGGUUUAGCUUUCCGUUCGGGAGGCCGGAAGGGGCUCUGAAAGCAACGCUUUCGUUGUUGGAACGGGUCCUUAUGAAGGACAUCGUGACUCCCGUACCCCCCGAGGAAGUUCGUGAAAUGAUAAGGUCAUGCCUGAACACGGCAGCCUUGGUAAAUUACACACGACUUUCGGCGGAAGCUAAAAUAGAGGAUGACCUUAGUGGUGAGGUCUGCGUAUCUCCGGGGAAAAAACUCGAGGAUCUGAUACACCUUGCCAAUCUCUGCGUCGACUUGUUGCAGCAAAAUCAAGAACAUUAUUCGGAGGUAGCGUUUGCCUGGUUUAGCGAAAUCAUGGUCGACCACGCCGAGAUCUUCUGGUCCCUGUUCGCCGUCGACAUGGAAAAAGUGCUCAGCGAACAGCCUCCUGACACCUGGCACAGCUUCCCGCUCUUCCAGGUACUCAACGAUUAUCUCAGGACCGACGACAAUCUGAAGAAUGGAAAGUUUCAUCAGCAUCUGAGAGACACGUUCGCUCCACUGGUUGUACGAUACGUUGAUUUGAUGGAGACGUCGAUUGCUCAAUCGAUACACAAAGGCUUUGAGAAGGAGCGUUGGGAGGUUAAGGGAAACGGUUGCGCAACAUCUGAGGACCUCUUUUGGAAACUCGACGCCUUGCAGUCGUUUAUUCGCGGGCUUCAUUGGCCGGAAGCAGAGUUUAGACAGCAUUUGGAACAGCGUUUGAAACUCAUGGCUUGCGAUAUGAUCGAAUCGUGUAUACAGAGAACGGACAACGCUUUUCAACAGUGGCUUAAGAAGAGCGUCACUUUUAUAUCAACCGAUUACAUUAUACCAUCCGAAAUGUGCGCCAUGGUUAAUGUUAUUUUAGAUGCCAAAAAUCAGAGCUUUAAACUGUGUGCUGUCGAUGGCGUUGACGUGCAUCAAUAUCACACGAAAAUAGACGAUCUUAUCGAGAAGACGUCGGCCGGUAUGAAUCAAGGAAUGAUUAAUAAACUAGUUUCAGUAUUAGAAGCAACGUUAUCCAAACUCUCACGAUACGAUGAAGGAUCGUUGAUUGGUUCAAUUCUGAGCCUGGCGAAGGUAUCCGGUAGCGGGAAAGAAAAUGGUCAGGCUUACGUGAAUUUCACUAGAAAUUGCAUGGAUCAAAUCCGAAGCAAAGUUAUAGACGAACUUUGGAUACUUAUCUUCUUUGAGCAAUGGUACACCGCGCAAAUUCAGAUGCUGUGCAAUUGGCUGUCGGAAAGGCUUGAUCAUAGUCUGCAUUUGUACCAGUGCACGUGUCUAGCUCAUAUUGUUAAAAAAAUAUACUCCGACUUUGAGUUGCAGGGAGUCAUGGAGGACAAACUUAACUCAAAGACAUAUCAAACUAUAUUUCAGCGAAUGCAAACCGAGGAAGCAACUUGUGCCUUAACCAUGUCCGCUCAGAACGAAGAAGGAUUUUCGGAAAACGGAAACGACGACGAUACCGACAGGCCCAAAGCGAAGGUGACUGUCGUCGAGACUGUGGCCGGAGAUGACGCCAAUUACGUGUCGAACAUAACCAACGUGACGUCGAACGUUGUAGGUAAAGUUGGGAGCAUGUUUGGCAAGGGCAUCGGAGGCCUCUCCACGAAAUUUGGCGGCGCGAGCAGCUGGUUUUAGCUGCGUAAGCCUUUAGGCACACGCAUUAGCGCCGAUCGACACGACAUACGCACGCACUCUGAUAACACGUACCUACUCGUACACGUUGAACCUACGCCUCGAUCAAUCAUUCGAUAGGCAUUGUUUCAUGACGUUGGUUUCAAAUACCGGAGUUUCGUUGACGAAAAUUUUAUUGAUAGUUUAAUAAACGAUGGAGUCAAGUAGAACGAAGAAUCGAGGAAAAAUGAUACUAAAAUACUUAUUAUACGCAUAAAUUAUUAUAUUAUAUUAUAUAAUAGGUUCGUAGAUUUUAAUUUAUUUAUAUAUAUAUAUACGAUAUUGUUAUCCAAACUUUUUAGCGUUGUAACGUCUUAUAUAUUAUGAUUAUCGAUAUAAUUUUGGGUCUCGUUUAUUAUAUAGAUUGGAUGAUUUAACGUGAAUUUCGUUGAAUUCUGAUUUAAUCGAAUAAUGUGAAAUUUAAUUCAGGCUUAACGUGUGGACAGUUUCUUUACUUUCUUUCGUCAACUCGUCACAACGGAAAUAGUUCUCAAACAUACUGAUAAAAAUAAUUACUAAAAAUACCUACAUUUAUAGGCCAGUGAAUAUUAUGUGUAAAUAAUUUUCUCGUUAUUAUUUCAAUUAUAAAUAUCGUACGAAAUCAGAAAUGCAGGUGAAAUUUCAGUGACGAUUUACUCCAGUCAUUUACGUUACACACUCACAACUAUCGUCAACGAUAAAUUAUAAAAUAAUAUGUUACAUACCUAAUUGGGAGAGAAAAAUUAGGGCCUAGCUACAACGAGGUGCAAUGAAAUAAUUCUCCGGAAAUAUAUUAUAUCGAAUGAAAUGACGAUGAAGCGAAGUAAAAUAUGAUAUAUAUAUAU